CAUAACAACACAAGAGUAGACUACCAUUAUCUUUGUAGUGGCACAAAGUCGAACGCAAGGAAGCAGUCUUUCUCAAGUCUGAAGCAGCAGAGAGCAUAGAAUAAUAUCACACCAUCAGCUCGGAGCCUAACAGAGUCGAAAAGCACUGCUGUUGCUGCUACCUAAAGAGCCAACGAUGAAGUUCACCAGUAGAAUCGGCCGCACAGGGCUCCUAUUCCUUGCAGCCAUUCUGGUUUGUGAUCCCCUCAACUGGGGGUUCGUGAGCGCCGAGGAGGAGAAUCCCGAGCCUACCCGACAACCGACUCGAUCACCAACCAGGUCCCCCACAUUCGCUCCCACCAGGAGCCCAACACAUGCACCAACGAAGGCUCCGACGAAGGCGCCAACCAAGGCACCAACCAAGGGGCCAACCAAGGAACCAACCAAGGCGCCAACAAAGGCGCCAACGAAACAACCUACGGACGGUCCUACCCGAAAGCCCACCAAAAAGCCAACGAGGAAUCCAACAAAGAAACCAACAAGGAAACCGUCGAGGAAACCCACGAGAAAGCCCACUCGAAAGCCGAGCAGGAAACCCACCAAGAAGCCCACUCGAAAGCCCACAAGGAAGCCCACAAACAAGCCCACGACUGCGAAAACAAACCCCGUUGCGCCAACACCGGCCGUUCCCGGAACACCGGCAACAACCCCCGCUCCCACAACCAUCGCUCCAACAGCAGCACCUCCCUCGGUGACCGUGAGCGUCUUGAUCGCCGUCCCCGCCGCCACCCCCCCGAGCGUCGUCGAAGAACAGGUCGAGCAGGCCGUUCAGGACAUUUUGGAGGCCAGCUCCGUCGGUACCCCUGCCAACUACCCCGUUACGUCCCCCGACGGCAAUGCAGCGACCGAGGCGCCUGAUGGCAACGUCACGACUACGGCCCCUGUCAGCAAUAAUACUAUUGGACUCCGUCAUCUGCAACAGAGCAAGCAACAGAACAACAACAACAACAACAACGCCGAUCUUCCCAAUAAUUGCUUCUUGGAACCAACGCUCACCGGAAGUACUACCGACGCGGAUUGCGAGUCACUCGGCAACGGAUCGUUUGCGUAUGUAUGCGGUACCAAUGUGGCCGAAUUUGUUUGUUGUAAAAGGGACCGUGGAGCUCAAAUCAACUUUUCGCGCGGCGAAGGAGGAAAAUGCCAGAGAAGCACCGAAAUCGCAGGAGGAGGCGGUGCAGGAGGCACAGGCGGUGGCACUGGCGGCGGUGCAGGAGGUGCUGGUGGCACCGGAGGCACAGGCGGCACCGGAGGCGGCGGCACUGGUGGCGGUGCAGGAGGGGCUGGUGGCACCGGAGGUGGCACUGGUGGCGGUACAGGAGGUGCUGGUGGCACCGGAGGUGGCACUGGUGGCACAGGAGUAGUUCCUCCCACCGCUCCUCCCAAGGCCGUCAGAUACGAUCCCGCCGUCAACACAAUAGACGUACUCACCAUUCCGGAGAAUUGCUCAUCGUUUACAGUCGAAACGACCACCGGCAACCAAUGCCUACGCGUCAUCAUUACAGUGACUGGAACCACCCAAGCAAGUCUGACUGUCUUCGAGAGCAAGAUCGAAGAGGCGGUGGAAGAUAAGACCCUGGAAACCCAACUCGCAACCUUCGGUCUAACUGCACAGACCGAGAUGGUUCCUGUGGCGGUCCUUUCUACGGAUGCGCCAACCGUGGCUCCCAGUACAUGUCGAUCGAUCUGUACGUGUUACUCGAAUAAAAUUCAACUAUGUUUGGUUCUUGUUGUCGCUGUUGCUCUAUCUCGCAGUUUGGAAGUUUCAUUAUGAUUCAACAUUUCACACUCUUUUUUUUCUUGUUUCGGUUUCCAACAUGGUUCACUUUUUUCCACCAGACGAUAUCGCAUGCUCAGAUUUCCUGGUGCUUUGUAGCCUGAUCAAUCAAGCUGGAUUGGAGAAUGUACUGAGCGACAGCAAGAGCAACAUGACUUUGUUUGCACCCACGGACGCUGCCUUCAACGCCGCUCUAAAGGCCGGUUUGGAUACCUCUGAAGUGCUUCUACUCAGUGAGACCCUCCUCUACCACACGGUGAAAGACGAAGCUAUCAAGUCGACAGACAUUGAUUGCGAUGCCACAACUGACCUAACCAUGGCCAACGAUGAAAUUACAAAAGUCUCGUGUAAGGGUACCAAAAAGAGAAUUAGAGUAGAAGGAGAGGGAAACGAUCCAGAUAAUUUGCCGAAGGUGGUAGUUGCAGACAUCGAAGCUUGCAAUGGUUUCAUCCACUCAAUUGAUCAAGUUAUUCUGUUGGGUCUCGAAACGGGAACAGAGAAUCCAACGUCGGAGAUUACCUACGUCGACUUGUGUCCGCAAUUUUCGGAUGACUGUCAAAAGUGUCUCGAAAAUGAUGAUUGUCUGUAUUGCCGAGACGAGCCCGGGAGCUGCUUCAACAGGUAUCCAAAUCUUCGCGCGCCGGAUGAAACCCCAGAUCAGAACAAAGGCUCCGGUGGCAAUAAGGUUUCGAGAUUGCUAUUUUCCGACGACCAACGAUUCCUUCAGGAGUGCAAAGGCAUUCUCACCAGCACGGCAUCUGUCUGCGACGCCCCGACAGAGGCACCUGCUGGUAGCCCGGACAAAGAUGGCGACUCGAAAGAUACAACUUCUGGUAAGGAUUCCGACAAGACCGAUACGAAAGAUCCCGAUGCUGACAAGGACAGCGAUAAGGGCAGCGACAAGGACAGUGCUGUUUCUUUAUUCUCGGCAACGAAUGCGAUUGCAAUCGGAGCAGCCUCUACAAUUCUUUUGUACAUUGUGUAAUCAAUCAACCAUGGAGAUUUAACAGAAAAUUGAUGGGCAAUGAAGCUAUAUUUAGAGC